UUCGACGUUUUAUAUUCACGUAGAGUCUUCUAUAAAGUCGAUUGACGCUGAAGAGUUUCGGUUCAGUUGGUGUUUCAUAAGCAGGCAAAUCGGACGUCCAGUCUGUAGGUCAGUCGUUCGCCGGUCGUGUCUUCCCAAAGUGCAUCAUUUGUCUUGAAGAGCUUCACUCAACUCUUUCUCCAACAUGGAGGCACUGCUCAACAGCCAGUGCGCAGCCCAAAGCCUUGGGCCAGCGAAUCAGCUGUUUGCCAUGCUGAUCCAAACGAUAAUGGCAGCCCAGUGUAGCAUUUCCCCGCCAGACAUGUGGCCCAAGGAUUAUGGCCCGACAGCGCUGAACGAAGGUCUUCAAGAGUAUGAUUUCAUAAUUGUGGGAGCGGGAUCGGCAGGAUCCGUUGUGGCGAACAGACUAUCUGAGAACCCAGACUGGAAGAUUCUUUUACUGGAAGCUGGAGGAGAUCCCCCUAUUGAAUCAGAGAUUCCACUGCUACUGAUGCAUUUGGCUAAUACUAGCCACGUGUGGAAUUAUUAUGCCGAAAUAAGUCCCUCUGCAAGCAAAGGUUACAAGAAGGGCAGCUAUUGGCCGCGUGGAAAAAUGCUUGGUGGAUGCAGCAGUAAUAAUGCCAUGAUCUACAUGCGGGGUAAUAGUCGCGACUACGACCGAUGGGAAGAGAUUGGAAACCCAUCAUGGGGUUGGAAAAAUGUUUUGAAGUAUUUCAAAAAAUCGGAAGGCAACGAAGCAUAUCACAUUCAGCAAGAGAAGGGUGCAUUCCACGGAAAAGAUGGUCCUCUGAAAGUCAAUACAUUCCCAUCGAACGAUAUGACAAAAUUGGUGAUUACGGAAGCAGCAGCGGAGCUUGGGCUUAUAGAAGUUAUGGAUGUGACUAGCGAUGAAUUUAUUGGAUAUUGCGUUGCACAAGGCACGGUUAAAGAUGGUAAAAGAUGUAGUACUGCUAAAGCUUUCUUGAAUCCCAUAAAAGACAGAGAAAAUUUGCACAUUAUCAAAAAUGCCCACGUUACUAAAAUUAAUAUCGAUAAAGGAGCUGUCAACGGAGUGUCUUUUGAUAUAGGAGAUAAAAAAAAUAUCAUUGCAAAGGUUAAAAAAGAAGUAGUUCUUUCUGCAGGUACAAUAAACACUCCACAGAUUCUGAAACUAUCUGGCAUUGGCUCUCCUGAUGAGCUAAAUAAAUUGGAAAUACCCGUUACACUUGACUCUCCUAAUGUUGGGGAAAACCUACAAGACCAUGUGAUUGUACCAAUAAUACUUUCAAUGCACAAAUCACGACCUAUCACAGUCGGUGCAGACGAAUUUAUAGAUAGUCUUUACUCCUACUUCCGUUAUGGAAUGGGACCUUUGGGAACGAUAGGUGUAACUGAUCUGGUCGCAUUUGUUAACACACAAAAUCCUGCUGCAAGAUUUCCUGAUAUUCAGUUUCAUCAUUUCGCUUACAAAGCAAACACACCUGAAUUUCUUACAGUUCAAGAGAAAAUCGGGUUAGAUGACAAUCUAAUCGCUCAACUUAAUGCACUGAACCAAAAGGCCGAGGUCCUGCAGGUAUUCGUUACGCUACUGAACCCUAAGUCAUCCGGCAAUAUCAAACUUAAGAGCUCCAAUCCAUACGAUUACCCAAUCAUCAACGCCAACUUUUUGAAUGAUCAUCGCGAUGUGGCCACACUGAUUAGAGGAAUACGCUUUUUCAGACGAAUGCUUGACACGCAAAACUUCAAGGACCACGAAUUUGAAGAGUUCCGUCUAAGCCUACCGGAAUGCGAUAAGCUCGAGUUCGAGUCCGACAGCUACUGGGAGUGCUACGUACGGUACAUGUCUACAACUAUCUAUCAUCCGGUCGGAACCGCUAAGAUGGGUCCGGAUGGGGACAAUACCGCCGUACUGGACUCCAGGUUGAAUGUACGAGGUUUGAAAGGGUUGCGAGUGAUCGAUGCUAGUAUAAUGCCAAACAUUGUCAGUGGUAACACCAAUGCACCAGUUAUUAUGAUCGGUGAGAAGGGAGCUGAUUUCAUUAAGGAAGACUAUGCAGAAAAUGUUAAACAUGUUGAGCUGUAAAUUACGGGUAGUAUAGUAAGAACCUAGUUGCCAUAAGAAAAAGCAGCAGUAUAAAUGCAGUAUCUCGCGAAGUGUUGCGUUAUUUUGUUAAGCAAUUCAUACUUAUUGAACCAAAUGUUCUAGUGACAGCUGUUGUCCUUUAAUGGUUCUAUAGACAACAGUUCCUAAGAGUAAGACAACAAUUUAAACAACUUGUGAAAAUCAUAUGAAAUAGUUGAAAAAACUAAUAAUUUUAUUAUUUAAAACAUCACACAAAUAAAGUUAAAAAUAAUUGAAAGAAAUUGAUUUUUUGUGGGGAAUUGAGAAACACAAAAGUAGAAAUAUAUGUUCAAAGUCCCACAAUUCAAGAGGCUGUAUUUUGGUCGAAUUUAAAAAUGCUGAAUAGAUAUGUCUUGCAUAAAGAUCUAAAAUUGAACUAUUGCCAAUGACAAAUCAACUGUUGACAAUUUGUAGUCAAAGAAACAAUAAUUAGUAGACAUUUUUCAGUUCUGGCGAGUCAAUUGGACUAUGUUACCAAUCAACAAAUUGAAACUCACUAGUUACUAGGGUAAAACGACCUAUUAUGAAGGGGUUAAGCACCGUGUCAAAACAAAAUUGAUUACAAAAAUUCUUCAAAAAUUACUUGUUGGUCGAUUUCCACAUUGUAGUAGUUAAAUAGGAUGCUCGUUAACUAUAGUUUUGUAAAUAUUACGUCAAUUGAGAUUUUUUGAAGGUCAGUCCUAUUGUUGCGGUAUUGCAUGUAAUUCUUAUGGAGAUCAAUACCGCAACAAUAGGACCUUAGCACUACAGCAAUAAUAGGCUCAAAGGGUUCAAAUUUUUAACGAAAAAUGUUGAUUUUUCAUCAUUUUGAACGGAAUUUUGUCAAACAAAAGCUGUUCUAGUCGUUAAUCCCAAGAGUUUUAGCGUACCCACAAUUGUUUUCAAUAGUAUUAUAUCCAGAAUGGACUACUUUAACACUACCGCAACAUUAGGGCAUACCACAACGAUAGGACGUUUUACCCUAGUGCUAGUUUUUCGAUCCAUUCAAGAAACGAUUUAUUUUUUUUUUCAUUUUUAUACCUAAAUAGAACAAUUUAUUUCAAAGCUAAACCGACGUACCAAAGGGCAUCACAGAAACUGCACGUGCAACAAAGUAGCCUGAAAUUUUCUGCUUCUUUUAGCAGAUCACAGGAUUUCGUACAAUUUUACAAGUACAAGUACAAUUGUAGAGCAUUGUAUGACUAUCAUGAUAAAUACAUUGAUCACAAACCCUAAGUAAAUUCUCUGCCAUCACAACACAUCGAGCUUGGAUGGAGUAAUUAUAUUCAUUAUGUAUUCAAUAACAAUAACAAUUUAGGGUUAAGGCAGGUAGUUUAAUCUGCGUUCCAAACCAGGCUCGGAAACCAAUAAAACAGGCACUUUUUGCCUUACUCGUACAACAAA